AUGGCACCUAAUCCAUCAUCAGGGAGUACUACUAUCAAUGUUAAAGUAGUGGCUGCUGAGUCAUUAUAUAAAAGGGAUGUAUUUCGUCAACCAGAUCCAUUUGCUGUCAUCACCGUUGACGGAUCUCAAACCAAAACCACUGUCACUGCCAAAAAGACAUUGAACCCUUAUUGGAACGAAACUUUUAAUUUUCAAGCAAUGGAAGAUUCUAUCUUGGUUAUUCAAGUAUUUGAUCAAAAGAAAUUUAAAAAGAAGGAUCAAGGUUUUCUUGGUGUUAUAAAUGUCAGAAUUGGUGAUGUUAUUGAUUUAUCGUUAAACAAUUCUGAAGAAACCAUCACCAGAGAUUUAAAAAAAUCAAAUGAAAACUUGGCUGUUUCUGGUAAAAUUAUCGUUGUUAUAUCACACAAUAGAAACAACUCAAAUGGCAACACAACAGGUGCUCCAAACACCGGUGCAUCAUCUUCUUCAGCAGCUAUUCACAGCAAUGCCAUGAAUGGAUCUACUAUUGCUGCAUCUGCUGUUGGUGAUUUUUCAAACGGAGUAACUAACGGAUCUAUGGCAGCUUCUUCAAACAUUACUGGUUCUGCUGCCGCUGCGGCCACUUCUACUGGUGGAUCGGCAAGUCAUAGACAGUAUUCAUCAUUUGAAGAUCAAUUUGGUAGAUUACCUCCAGGUUGGGAACGUAGAACCGAUAACUUUGGUAGAACAUAUUAUGUUGACCACAAUUCAAGAACCACCACUUGGCAACGUCCAACAUUAGAUCAAUCUGAAACUGAAAGAGGUCAACAACGACAAACUGAAACUGAGGCUGAAAGAAGACAACAUCGUGGUAGAACAUUGCCAGGAGAAGGUCCAAACUCACCAUUACCAACGACUCCAACUGGAAAUUCGGUGACCACCGGUAAUGUUACUGUAAAUGCUACUGGUUCAAAUGUACCAGUUAAUCCAGCUGCUGCAGUAUCUAUGGCUGCCUCUGGUGCCACCACAAGUGGGUUGGGUGAAUUACCUUCUGGAUGGGAACAAAGAUUUACAACUGAAGGAAGACCAUAUUUUGUUGAUCACAAUACCAGAACAACAACUUGGGUUGAUCCAAGACGACAACAAUAUAUUAGAACUUAUGGUCAAAACACUACAAUUCAACAACAACCUGUUAGUCAGUUGGGUCCAUUGCCUUCUGGUUGGGAAAUGAGAUUGACAAAUACUGCCCGUGUAUAUUUCGUUGAUCAUAACACCAAGACCACUACUUGGGAUGAUCCAAGAUUGCCAUCUUCAUUGGACCAAAACGUUCCACAAUACAAACGUGAUUUCAGAAGAAAAGUUAUUUAUUUCCGUUCACAACCAGCAUUGAGAAUCUUGCCUGGACAAUGUCAUAUCAAGGUUAGAAGAGAUCAUAUCUUUGAAGAUUCAUACCAAGAAAUCAUGAGACAAACACCAGAAGAUUUGAAGAAGAGAUUAAUGAUCAAGUUCGAUGGUGAAGAAGGUUUGGAUUAUGGUGGUGUUUCUCGUGAAUUCUUCUUCUUGUUAUCCCAUGAUAUGUUUAACCCAUUCUAUUGUUUGUUCGAAUAUUCUUCCCAUGACAAUUAUACUUUACAAAUCAAUCCAAACUCCGGUAUCAACCCAGAACAUUUGAACUACUUCAAGUUCAUUGGUCGUGUUGUCGGUUUGGGUGUUUUCCACAGACGUUUCUUAGAUGCAUUCUUUGUUGGUGCAUUGUAUAAGAUGAUGUUGCAUAAGAAAGUUGUUUUACAAGAUAUGGAAGGUGUUGAUGCCGAAUUUUACAGAUCAUUGAAAUGGAUAUUAGACAAUGAUAUUACUGAUAUUUUGGAAUUGACAUUCAGUGCAGAAGAAGAGUCAUUUGGUGAGAUUGUUGAAGUUGAUUUGAAACCAGGUGGCAGAGAUAUUGAAGUUACCGAAGAAAAUAAACACGAAUAUGUUGAAUUGAUAACCGAAUGGAGAAUCAGUAAACGUGUGGAAGAGCAAUUCAAGGCAUUUAUUGAUGGUUUCAAUGAAUUGAUUCCUCAAGAAUUGGUUAACGUUUUUGAUGAACGUGAAUUGGAAUUGUUAAUUGGUGGUUUGGCUGAUAUUGAUUGUGAAGAUUGGAAGAAGCAUACUGAUUACCGUGGAUACCAAGAAAGUGAUCAAGUUAUUCAAUGGUUCUGGAAAUGUAUUGGUGAAUGGGAUUCCGAACAAAAGGCAAGAUUAUUACAAUUUACAACAGGUACUUCCCGUAUACCUGUCAAUGGGUUCAAAGAUUUACAAGGUAGUGAUGGUCCAAGACGAUUCACUAUUGAAAAAGCUGGUGAACCUAACCAAUUACCUAAAUCUCAUACAUGUUUCAAUAGAGUUGAUUUACCACCAUAUACUGAUUAUGAGACUUUGAAACUGAAACUAACGUUUGCUAUUGAAGAAACGCUAGGUUUUGGUAAUGAGUAG